AUGGCAUGGGAGAGUGAAGCCAGUGAUGCCGUGCCCGAAGUGUACGAGGACAGUACAGUGACCUCUGGCCCUCCAACCCAACGAGCUCAGAAAGAGGAGAAGACAGAAGCUCUGGAUUUGCUUGAAAUCUCAAAAGCAGUUCGACGAGCUCCAGGAGUCGUGAGCACUGCACCUUUUCAGAAGUUCUCGGAAGAGGCCACCGUUGACGACGAUUCCAAGGGGCUUCCCCGGAAAGUUUCUGAUGCUGAUGACAUUUUGUGCAAGUUCUGGGGAGCCCAUGGACCUCAGCAGGUAAAGCUCAACCUCCACAAUGCCUAUCGAGACGUGCACUUUUGGAAGCUCAGUGAUGGUGCGGACUUUGAAAAGGAAGCACGCGCCGCUGAGAUGAGAGCGAGACCGCACUACGAGGUUGCAACGUUGGAAAUUGACUCCGAAGUGCCCGCUGCGCGGAGAUAUUUGGAUCGGUUCACCUGGUCCAACCCAGACCACAUCUGGGAGGAGUUCGAGGCUCCUUUCCUGGACAUGGGAACCUGCUUCCUCAAUCGACCUCCCAGAAGAUUCAAGCUGGAGGUUUACAACCGUGGCUUGGUGCUGGCGCGACUACAAAUGGAGCUUCUGGGCACAGGGCCGUUGAGAGCCCCAUGGCAUGACUGUAUGCUUGGCCCUGGGCAGAGGGUUACAGUUCCCAUUGACAUCAAAGCUUCGGAGCCUGGAGAGUGGCAUGGGUAUAUCCGCAUCAGAGGCGCAUGGGUGAACGUCUUUGGUGUGAACGAGGAAGAAGCUCGAAUACCCACGCAUCUCAAGGUGGAACGAGCCGAUUGCGGGCCAUGCGGGCCGCCACAGCUUCCAGUGCAUGCGCCAAGACCCUUCCGCCCUGGAAGUGCCAAUCGAAUCCGAAUCGACCCGUCCAGUCUCCACACUCAGCAACUGAGAACGCCAACGCCUCACAAGCUCAAGAGACCCUGCAGUUCGUCUUCAGCCAGCAGCGCGAAGCCUGAAAGUGCACGCCCGGUGUCGUCCAGGAACGGCAGCACAGCGGUGCCUAGCUCAAGGCCCUUGAGUGCUUUGGGACCACCUUCUUCGCGAUGCUUGGCCGCGAAAAGAGUUUGGGGGGAUCAAUGUGACGGUCAAUUUGGAAUGAUAUGGAUUUAA